AUGUCGUUGGCCUUCAUCCGGAACGUGCGCGUCUUUGACAGCAGGCAAUUCGGCCAGCCCACGACGGUAGCUUUUGUCAACAGCCCUGGCGACAUUGUCUCGACAGACUAUGGCGAUGUCGAGCCUCUCUCCCCCGAGGUGACGAUAGACGGCACGGGCUGCACCCUGAUACCGGCCCUGAUAGACGCCAACAUCGACGCCGCUGCCGCGUCGGGCGCCCUCGAGGCCUUUUCCAGGCACGGCAUCAGCACCGUCAUCGACAUGAGCAGCACCCCAGCCGAGAUACGAGCCAUGCGCGCCGCCGCCGCCGCCGACCCAGGACUGCCCUCCUUCCUGGCCUGCGGCACCGUCGCCGCCGGCUCGCAGGAGGGCAGCGAGGAGACGGAGCCAGGCUUCUUCCCCAUCCGCGCAUCGGCCCCCGUGCUCGCUCCCCAAGCGGCCGACGUGUUUGUCGCCGAGCGCGUCCACGGACCCGAGCGCGCCGACUACAUCAAGGUCAUGGUCGACAGCCCCAGCCCGGACGACCGGACCCUCGCCGCCCUCGUCAACUCGGCGCACCUGCUCGGCCGCCUCGCCAUCGGCCACGCGUCCCGCGAGGAGUCCUACCGCCGGGCGCUCGAGGCCGCCUUCGACAUCGUCCUACACGUGCCCGUCGACGCCCCGCUGGACCCGGCGCUCGCCGCCGAGCUCGCCGCCCGCCGCGUCGUCGUCGUGCCGACGCUGUGCGUCAUGCGCCGCGUCGUCGACCGCAUGCGGGCGGCGGGCGACGGGGCCGGGCCGGCCGACUUUGACAACUGCCUGGCCUCGGUCAGGGUCCUGCACGAGGCCGGCGUGACCAUCUGCGCCGGCACGGGCGCCAACCGCAUGCCCGGCAGGGAGGUGCCGUUCGGGGAGAGCCUGCACGACGAGCUCGAGCUCCUGGUGCGCGCGGGCAUGUCCCACGAGGCGGCGCUGCGGGCCGCGACCUGCGUGUGUGCCGAGGCGCUCGGCCUCAAGGGCAGAAGCCGCGUCGAGAGGGGACACUGUGCCGACCUGCUGCUCGUACGCGGCAACCCGCUCGAGGACAUUCGUGCCACGAGGCGGAUCGAGCGGGUGUGGAUCAAGGGUAUCGAGGUCGUACAUGCUGGCUGA